ACGCGGUCUCCUCCGCCGCUUGCCGCCCGCUGAGCCCGAGCCGGAGCGGCACCCGCCCCGACGUGGGGCUCCCGAGCCUCGGCGGCGGGCGGGCGAUGCUUCAGCUGCCCGAUCAGCCAUGGAGGCCGAGGCAGGCGGCCUGGAGGAACUGACGGACGAGGAGAUGGCGGCUUUGGGCAAGGAGGAGCUGGUGCGGCGCCUGCGGCGGGAGGAGGCGGCGCGCCUGGCCGCCCUGGUGCAGCGCGGCCGCCUCAUGCAGGAGGUGAACCGGCAGCUGCAGGGUCACCUGGGCGAGAUCCGCGAGCUCAAGCAGCUCAACCGGCGUCUGCAGGCGGAGAACCGUGAGCUGCGUGACCUCUGCUGCUUCCUGGACUCCGAGCGCCAGCGGGGUCGGCGUGCCGCGCGUCAGUGGCAGCUCUUUGGGACCCAAGCAUCCCGGGCGGUGCGCGAGGACCUGGGCGGCUGUUGGCAGAAGCUAGCCGAGCUGGAAGGCCGCCAGGAGGAGCUGCUGCGGGAGAACCUGGCGCUUAAGGAGCUUUGCCUGGCGCUAGGCGAGGAGUGGGGACCCCGUGGUGGCCCCGGAGGCUCUGGGGGUUCAGGCGCCGGGCCGACACCCGAGCUCGCCCUACCCCCAUGCGGGCCCCGAGACCUCGGCGAUGGAAGCUCGAGCACUGGCAGCGUUGGCAGCCCUGAUCAGUUGCCCCUGGCCUGUUCCCCCGAUGACUGAGGGUGCUGCAUUCAUUGCCCACGCUGACGCCUGCCCGGAUUGCUUCCUGACUGCCCUGAGAGCUGUGGACCUGGACGCCGCCUCGAUUGCGCACCAGGGGCGCUGGCAUGGACUGAGAAGCCCUGGCACUGAGGAGGGCUCCUCGAUCUCGCUGGCGGGGCAGCAGGGGGACUGGAGGCUGAAGCGGAGGGACUUGCUGGGGGGUUGGGUGGGGACUAAUAAACUGGGACGGUAGGAGUCCGAAGCCUGGACCGCGUGUGUCUGGGACUCGCCGGCCUAGGGGAGAGGGCGGGAACCCUGAGACGGUGUAACAUUCUCAUGUGGAGAGAUUGCAGAAAAGGUGGCUUACUCCCCAAUUGUGAGUCCAAAUUAGGGUGGUAAACCACUGACUUCCCUGUGGGACGCCAAAACAGGCUGUAAUCCGGCCCCUGAAGUGGCUCCAGCUCCCUUUCCGGCUCCUUCCUGUCCAAGACAAUGGGGCAGGAAGCAGAUGUUGGGGGCCUAAAGCCCACUAGGCUGCUUGCUCCAAAGGUGGAUGAGGGUAUAACAGCGCCCCCCUAUCGUUCACUCAGGAGCACAGUGGGUACCCAUGGAGAGAAGGUUGAUAUUUGCUUGCACUGCAGAGCGUUGUCUCAAUCAAGGAGCUGAUGUAGCCCCAUUCCUCAGAUAGGACAAUGGAGGUCCAAAAGUAUGGAAGAGUUUUUCUAAGGUUGUGCUGAAACUGUAGCCUAGGGCUUCUCCUCCAAAUGGUAUCUUUUAGCUUGUGGGUCCAACAUGACACCCAGGCCAGAGCUUCAAGCCUUUUAUUCCAUUUUGGAAGGUUUUGUAUAAAAAUAAUCUCUUUAGGAAAAUAAAUAGCAGCUUCUCUCAA